CGAGUCGCGACAAGAAUCAAAAUGGAAGACCCAAGAGACAACAAGGAGCGCAAUGUUACGGAUAUCGCUCCAGAUGGCGAUGUUAUUCUGAUUAUUGGGCUGGAUAAGGUGAAGCUUCGUGUUCAUUCUUUGUUUCUGAAGACAGCCUCGAAACCCUUCUCCGCUAUGUUCGGGCCAGCCUGGAAAGAAGGCCAUGAAUUGCUUGAUCGGAACGAGCCAGUCGAGCUGCCACUGCCUGAAGACGAUUCCGGGGCGCUCAAGCUUAUUUGUACCGUUCUUCACCACCAGAACGAUGCAGUUCCUCAGACCCUUGCUGCAGGCGACGUUCUGGGGCUUGCCGUUACAGCGGACAAGUAUGACUGUGUUGAUGCCCUGAAAUUUGCGAGCAGAGAUUGGCUUCGGCCUGGUCAAAACGAAGCUGGCGAUCUAAUGCUUCUGACAGCCGCGGCAUAUCUAUUCCGUAACGCUCAAGCCUUUAAGGAGAUUACGAAAGCAUUGAUCCUUAACCACCAUGGUCCUUACCUUGCUCUUUCAUCUAAAGAAAUUGAAUCUGCUAUAACUUAGAGAGUAUUCUGUCUGCUAGAAGAACAAAGGAGCUUUGCAAGGCUGAAAAUAGCAGAAGUACUCAUGGCAAGAAUAAAUAAUUCGAGCGGGAUGUGUGUUCACAGGUGUGAAUGGACAAGUAAAUAUGCAUAUACAUAUUUAAAGUUGCUAGAGGGAAAGGACUUGUGGCCAGCGGACUUGCUCCGCAUAUUUAUUUCUAAGGCAAUAGACUUGGCAGACACGAUUCCAGAUCCGAUCCCCCAGGAGGCCAGUAUUGCAUGUACAUAUGGGUACAAGCAUUCGGCGCCAGAGUAUAGGGGUGACCGUCGUUAUUCCUUGGAGAACCUGAACAGCAAUAUUAGGCUUUGCUUGCUUUGCAUUCGUGUG